CCUUUUUAAGCACCUCCCGCCCUACCCUGGGCUCCUGCUCGCUUCGCCGCGCUCCCUCCUACCCCACUUUCCAUAUCUCUCGGCUCCGUUCGGUUUUGUGGCCACCCUGCAGCCCCCGCCCAGGUGCCAUGGCCGCUGUAUACCGCCCCGGCCUGCGGCUUAACUGGCACGUGCUGAGCCCCUGGGCCAGGUCAUCACGCCGCAGCAUCCAGACCCUGCGUGUGCUCAAUGGAGAUCUGGGACAGCUGCCUGCAGGGGUUCGAGACUUUGUGGAACGCAGUGCCCGCCUAUGCCAACCAGAGAGCAUCCACAUCUGUGAUGGGACCGAAGCUGAGAAUACGGCCACACUCAAUCUGCUCGAGCAACAGGGUCUUAUCCGAAAGCUCCCCAAGUACAAUAACUGCUGGCUGGCCCGCACAGACCCCAAGGAUGUGGCACGAGUAGAGAGCAAGACUGUCAUUGUGACUCCUUCUCAACGGGACACAGUACCCCUCCCAACUGGCGGGGCCCGUGGGCAGCUGGGCAACUGGAUGUCCCCCGCGGAAUUCCAGCGAGCUGUGGAUGAGAGGUUUCCAGGCUGCAUGCAGGGCCGAACCAUGUACGUGCUUCCAUUCAGCAUGGGCCCCGUGGGCUCCCCGCUCUCUCGCAUUGGGGUGCAGCUCACCGACUCAGCCUACGUGGUAGCAAGUAUGCGUAUUAUGACUCGGCUGGGGACACCUGUGCUUCAUGCCCUCGGAGAUGGUGACUUCGUCAAGUGCCUGCACUCCGUGGGCCAGCCUCUCACUGGGCAAGGGGAGCCAGGGAGCCAGUGGCCGUGCAACCCAGAGAAAACCUUGAUUGGCCACGUGCCUGACCAGCGGGAGAUCGUCUCCUUCGGCAGCGGCUAUGGUGGCAACUCCCUGCUGGGCAAGAAGUGCUUUGCCCUGCGCAUCGCCUCUCGGCUGGCCCGGGAUGAGGGCUGGCUGGCGGAGCACAUGCUGAUCUUGGGCAUCACUAACCCUGCGGGAAAGAAGCGCUAUGUGGCCGCUGCCUUCCCCAGUGCCUGUGGCAAGACCAACCUGGCCAUGAUGCAGCCUGCACUGCCUGGCUGGAAAGUGGAGUGUGUGGGUGACGACAUUGCUUGGAUGCGGUUUGACAGCGAAGGUCGACUCCGUGCCAUCAACCCUGAGAAUGGCUUCUUUGGGGUGGCCCCUGGUACCUCUGCCACCACCAAUCCCAACGCCAUGGCCACAAUCCAGAGUAACACUCUUUUCACCAAUGUGGCUGAGACCAGUGAUGGUGGAGUGUACUGGGAGGGCAUUGACCAGCCUCUUCCACCUGGGGUUACAGUGACCUCCUGGCUGGGCAAAUCCUGGAAACCUGGUGACAAGGAGCCGUGUGCACAUCCCAAUUCUCGAUUUUGUGCCCCGGCUCGCCAGUGCCCCAUCAUGGACCCAGCUUGGGAGGCACCUGAGGGGGUCCCUAUUGAUGCCAUCAUCUUUGGAGGCCGAAGACCCAAAGGGGUGCCCCUGGUAUACGAGGCCUUCAACUGGCGCCACGGGGUGUUCGUGGGCAGUGCCAUGCGCUCUGAGUCUACUGCUGCAGCUGAACACAAAGGGAAGAUCAUCAUGCAUGACCCAUUCGCCAUGCGGCCAUUCUUCGGCUACAACUUUGGACGCUACCUAGAACACUGGCUAAGCAUGGAGGGGCGCAAGGGGGCCCGGCUCCCCCGCAUCUUCCAUGUCAACUGGUUCCGGCGUGACGAGGCAGGCCGCUUCCUGUGGCCAGGUUUUGGGGAGAAUGCUCGUGUGUUAGACUGGAUCUGCCGACGGCUAGAGGGAGAGGACAGUGCCCGAGAGACACCCAUUGGGCUGGUGCCGAAGGAAGGGGCCUUGAAUCUCAGUGGCCUGGGAGCCAUAGAUACCACCCAGCUGUUCUCACUUCCCAAGGACUUCUGGGAACAGGAAGUUCUUGACAUUCGGAGUUACCUGACUGAGCAGGUCAACCAGGAUCUACCCAAGGAAGUAAUGGCUGAGCUGGAGGCCCUGGAGGGACGAGUGCGCAAAAUGUGAACUAGGUUCCAGGCUAACAAGAGUGCAUAGUAACCCCCUAUCUAGAAAUAGAGGCACCAGCAGGCUUGCCGAAAAUAUGAGCAACUUUGAUAUAACUAACAUCUCCUGGGCACCUCGAGACCAGACCACAGACAUUCCCUCACUGUUCAAUAAGAGAUGUUCAUUUAUUUU